GCAGCUUCCUCCGUGUGGCAUUCAAAUACCAAACCUGACCUCAGCCUACGCAACUCGGUGUGAAAAUACCCGUGUCGGCGUAGGUGGCUUACCUGAGCAGAGCUGAGUUUGGAGUUACCUUUCUGUUGACACGUGGCUGCCCAUGAAUACAGCAUCCUCUGAAUUUGUGCAGUGAUAUUGUGGUCUGAUCUUGGGUGAACUAUUUUUAUCUUUUAGGAGAACAGAGUUGUAUUUAAAAUGGAAGUUGAUAUAAAUGGAGAGUCCAGAACCACUGUAUCUACCCUUCCCUUACCUGUUGCAGAGGUGAGUUCUACAGGCAGGGCAGAAGCAGAGAAACCUCGAUGUUCCAGUACCCCAUGCUCACCAAUGCGACGAACUGUUUCAGGUUAUCAGAUCCUCCAUAUGGAUUCUAACUAUUUGGUUGGCUUCACAACUGGGGAGGAGCUCUUGAAAUUAGCCCAUAAGUGUACAGGAAAUGAGGAAAAUAAAUCAGAAUCUGGACCUACCUUGCGCUCCAAACAACUUGAUUCAGGACUUCCCCGUUCAUCCCGGUUGUACAAAACAAGAAGUAGAUACUACCAGCCAUAUGAGAUCCCAGCUGUAAAUGGAAGGAGGAGACGACGGAUGCCCAGCUCAGGGGAUAAAUGCACUAAGGCUUUACCAUAUGAACCCUACAAGGCACUUCAUGGUCCUCUGCCUCUUUGUCUUCUGAAAGGUAAGAGGGCUCACUCUAAAUCCCUGGACUACCUCAAUUUAGACAAAAUGAACAUCAAGGAACCGGCUGACACAGAAGUGCUACAAUACCAGCUCCAGCAUCUGACCCUACGAGGGGACCGUAUGUUUGCUAGAAACAACACAUGAGCUACCAUUUGGAAGUUAAAGCCAAUUCCUGGUUAUUUCUUUGUUGCUGGAAAACUCCACUGUUGUACUGUGUACAUGACUGUCCACAUCGUAGGUGGUUGUAUCAGCUAAGUGUUACUGGAACGUAAUUUAUUUGAAUAAAGUUUUGACGAAAAAUGUCUCAAGCAUUUGGAGGAAACAUUUUUCCAGAGCAAGCAACUUCUGAAGAAAAUCUGACUGUAGUUGGUGGGCAUUUCUUUGGGGACCCUUUUUAACAAAGAAACAGCUUUUUUGUACAGGUAUAUCUAAUAUUUAUGGUGAUUUGACACUCCAGGAUUGGUGAGAAUGUCUGGUUGGUUAUUACUAAAAUUUAACUUGCUACUGGAAAUUGCUCUCGGAUAAGCACUCAAGUUCUUCUUUUAGUGCUCUGUGUAUUUUACAAUAAGAUAUGCAUAUGAUUUGUUAUACUAUAGAAAAGAAUGUGAACCUGGCUGAAUUGGACCAUGUUAUUUAAAACAGUCCAGUUUAAACCUUUUGUAACUGGUUUUUGCACUGGAAAAAGAAGUCUCAUUGAAAAAAUAAACCUUUGUUCAUUUGCUAUUUAAAAAUUGAACAAUUAUUUUUUAGUUAACACAUGGAACUAGUUGCUUUUUCUUCUUUCCUUCUGUUUUUAUAAACUUUAUUGAGUAAGCCUUUGAAAUAUUAGGAAAAUGAAUCAUUCUGAAAGUGAUUUUUUUUUUUUUUUUUUUUAUUUGGAUAGAUGUAAUUUCAUUUUUACGUGUCUUUACAGAUAAGCAAGGACCCACUUUAGAUUCCAGAAUAUAGAUUAGAAUAUCUUUAUUAGUAUGAAUGAAAUUUUUUAUUUUUGUCAUGAUUUCUAGGAUAUAUAUUUAAAAAUGGUAAGUGUUAAAACGACAACUUUUAGCACCGCUUUUUUAAAUUACAGGUUUAUUUGCAGCACUUUUAUUGGAAAUCCAGAUGGCCAUCUUAGCUUGAAGGUCAAAAAAAUGCUUCUUUACACUGCAGCCUUGAAGCAUUGAUCUUGGAUUAUCUAACAGAUUAUAUUAAAUGCACUGGUUUGAUUUUUUUUUUUUUUUUUCCCCUUUAAGAAAUUACAUCCAAACAUAAUCUCAAAUGCAGUUUUGACAACUGCAGUCUUAAAUGUAUUUGGAAAAUAUUAGCUUACCUUUGUAAAAGCGUUAUUGCUCUUUUCUUAAAGGUGCAGUUUCUUACCGAAACAGUGUGCAGCCAUGCUUGUUUUGGACAAUGCAUUCUUUAGAGGUUAAAGAUAUUAAAAUAAGAGCCUUGUCUAUGAAAUAAAAAAAAAAGAUUUGAAGUUGGUCAGUCUUUUCUGGCACAAUUCUGAUUUUUCUUCAGAAUGAAUAGAAAGCACUAGUGCAGAGCAUGUUGUGGAAAAUGAAGAAUGUCUUUUAUUCUUUCACUUAUUCCACAGUUGUAGUUGGCUACAGUAAAGAAGAGCCUGUGGAUAGUGUGCAUCUUGCUGGUUUGGUUAAUUUUUUUUAGGCAUAGUAGAAAUCUUUACAGCUGAUGUAUAUUUUAAAAUAAACUGCACCUCUGUAAACUUACUGUAUUGAAGAAUGAUCUCUAAGGUAAACUCUUCCUAUAUGGUCUUUACUUUGAGAAACAGAAUACUGUCAGAUGCCAAAGAGAGAAGGGUUUUACAUUUAAGGAUUAAACACCCCUAUUUAUUGAUUUACCAUAUGAAACUGUAUUUCUGGCUACAAAAUAAAAGGGUGAUAUAAACACAUACUGUUGUGGAGUGCUUUGCUGUGUGGAAGAAUGAGAAGAAAAAAAUAUAUGCAACAUUUGAAAAAAACACUUAAGUUUUGGGCCCAUGUAAAAUAUUUAUAAGGUCUGAUUUCUGAACAUCCUAUGUGCAAUUGUAAGUACAUGUUUAUAUAUGCCACUACUGCAGUUCUCUAGCAGUGUGGACAGGAAAGUAUGUACCUGGCUAAAUGCCAGCAGGAAGAAUGAAAUGAGCACACGCAUUUGUUUGUUUUUUAUCCUUUUGCUCAUAAAAACAACAAAUAUUGUGCUCACUCAUAGUAAUGGUGUGUACCAGGUAAGUAUGCAAUUGCACAUGCCUUUGUACCUUCACAAAUUGAGUACCAACAUUUUGGAAAUUGGGCCUCUGUUACGCUCAUUCAAGAUUUCAAAGGCCUUAAGUAAAAAUCUUAAGCCUGUGAACUGAGCUGUUUUUGCUUGUUUUAUUCAUUGUCUAGGAAAGAGGGCAUAGUCUGUUAAACUCCAAACCUCUACUGAAAUGCAAUCUGAAUAAUGCUGAAUUGUGAAAGUGAGAUCCUUACAAAGUAUUCUGAAUGCAGAACAUAAGCAAACAUCUUACAUAUAUUUUUGUAGAUUAGUACAUAAAAAAGAAUCUUACCUAAGAGAAUAAAGUAUUGUGUAUGGGUCUAGGAGGUUUGUUGAAAGUAGAAAAGUAGAGGCAAAAGGAUAAUAUAAUCUUUGCCUUGUGCAGCGCCAACAAAACAAAAAAAACAGGUUAGAUAUAGAAUAUGAAUGCACAACUAGUUUAUUUGUAUGUUGAGGCAGGCCUUAAACUUUUAGGUGGUUGUUCUACCUUUUGAAAUCUACAGGAAGGACUGGCUUCACUCAAAGCACAGCUGAAUGUUAUUUAUUUAUGGAAGUGAAUAGGGCUCAUGCGCACAUUUUGCCUAUAACAUUAUCUCAGCCAUAGACCAUCAUCAUCAUAAAGAGGGUUCAAAAUACAGCCCUGCCCUUCAUUAAAAAUCCUUUUGGUCAAACUCCUGACCAUAGAGGCAAAAUAAUUAGAAAUAUUAAAAAAGUGCUCAAAAGUCUAACUAAAUAAAUCGACCUGUGGUAUGAUGUCAAGUUUGCCCCUCUGGAUGUUUUGACAGGCAGAGGAUGCAGUCAUGGAUGCAGCCCAGUUAAAAGGUGGUUUAGCAUGGAUUUCAGUGGAAUCAAGAUUGCUUCCAGAGAGCUCCAAGGCUUUCCUUCUGAGUACCUCAAAAACGGAUUGGAGAGGCAGAAUUCCUGUGCAGACCCAACUGUUGCCUUGGGGCAUACGAAAGGAGGCAGCCUCCUAAAAAAAAAAAAAAAAAA